AGAAACGGAUAAAUCAUCUUUUUUCUUUACCUUUUCCUCUUCCAAAACCUCUAGAAUUUCAUUGCAACCUUGUAAAUUCCCUUUUUCUUCUCGUGCAAACAACCAAUUAGGGUUCCCACAUGGACAUCGAUCCCAUUAUUUUAAGUUGGAUUCUCGAAUUCGCUCUUAAACGAUCCGUGGAUGAUUGUAGAUUGAAGUCUAUGCUGGAAACCUUCCCUAUCCCAGAGGACAAUUAUUUUCUGAGGAAAAUGCUUUUAUUGAAGCAACUGGAGUCGGAUAUCUCACGCAAUUCUUUACUUUCGUUGACAACUCUUGAGCACUUGGAAUAUCUCGAAGAACUAGAAUACCGAAGAGGGAUCGAAAAUGUUUCCGAUGCCAUGAAGACAGCAUAUUGCGAAGUCGCAGUGGAAUACACAGUGAAGUAUUUGAGAAAUGAAGAUGGGGAUGGGGGCAAAUUUUGUGACGCAGUGAAGAGUGUGUGGACGUGCAGGGUAAGGAAACUGGAGAAGGAGGUGGAGAAGGGAGGGUUGGGUUCGGACGAGUUGUUUGAUUGGAGGCUUAAGAUGGAGGCUGCAGUGCAGGAUCAUGGUGUUCGUCAGAGGCUGGUAAAAAAGAGUAAGGAUGUUAAUGCAGUCGAUGCACUUAGGGCUUAUUUGAAAGAAGAAAGGGAGGGACGGGGGCCUUCGUUUCUCGAGUUGGUUGCUGAUAAAUUGAAGAAUGAUGAGACACUGAAGAAGUUGCUUGGAUUGGCGAAUGCCAAUCGGAUUUUGCCAAAAGAAACAGUUUUGCAGAGUGUUGAUCCUGGCUCCGCUGUUACUAACGACAACAGAGCAUUGCAAAAAGAUGCAGCAUUGAGUCGGAAACUUAUUGGUAAAAAACAUGCCAGGGUUAGAUCCGGGACUUGUAGAGGAGCUAAGAUUUCUGAAUCUGACUGUUUGGAAGUAUGCCCUGGUAGCAAAUGCAAUUUGCCUCCUACCCCAGAAGUUAAUAGAAUACAGGAAGCUCUUGAAUCAAGUCGUAUGGAUCUUCAAGCAAGCGUAAAGGACCCCCUUCCUAAUGAACUAGAAUUUGCUGAAGAAGUCGUUGAUGCUAUGAGAGGAAGUACAGAUCAUGACCCCAUACAAGAGGAUCAUGUCAAACACAAUACUUCUGCUAUGAAAGUUGCAGGAUUUGUUCGAGCUAAUGGAGGAAAUCCAAGUAAUGGACCGAGACCAAGCUUAAUGGAAAGGAACAGUGCUGCCCGAACUCAUGAGUGGGAUGACUCAAUUGAGAAUUCUUCAGAAGAAUCACCAGAUCAGGGGAGUAGAAUAAAGUUACCAAGCCCAAAGAGAAGGCGUGUAUCUCCUCUGAUUAGUAAUGGAAGUGAACAACCAAAGAAGAGGAGAAGAGUUGGAAAAUGGAAUGCAGAUGAAGAAGAUGCUCUGAGGACUGGAGUAGAGGAGUGUGGAGAAGGAAGUUGGAAAGAUAUUCUAGAAAAGUAUGGCCACAGAUUUGCAGACAGAAGAACUCAAGUUGAUUUGAAGGACAAGUGGAGAAACAUGAAACGCUCUUGAAAACUAGAACAUUUUCUAGUGGAGGUUUAAUCUCCGUAUAUCCUAUUUAUUUUGUCAUGGAGCAGCCGUUCUAAUGAUUCCUGCAGGGACAGAGAUCUAAAUUAUAAUGGCAUUUUUCCUGAGGAUUUGUUGAUAGUAGUAUCACUCUAGAUGGAAAUUAAUGUUGUGAGGUGUAAAUUGAACUCCGCUCGAGAUGCUUGCCGUGACUUACUGAUGUAGUCUUUAUUGUGUUAGCACGGGGCGUUGAAAUUGAGAUUUAUAAUAUCAAGUAUUAACAGUAAAGUUUAAUUAUUUGUUAGCUACAUUUUGCUAUAAUGUUUGAUAAAAAUGGAAAUUCAUU